UUCGACCCUCUGAGUUUCUUUCGGAACGUGUGCAAAACACCAGAAAACUCUCUUACCGUACGACAGUGCGUGCACAGUGCACUUUCGAGUGUGAUCGACCACAGCCAUUAGGAACAGGUGUAUUGUUGAGUUAAACUUCGACUUCUAUCUUCAAAUAAAUCGCCAUGCCUUUCAAGCCAGUUGAACAAGCCAAAUGCCCAAAAUGCGGCAAGUCCGUCUACGCCGCCGAAGAGAUGUUGGCUGCUGGUCAAAAAUGGCACAAAACUUGCUUCAAAUGCGGUUUGUGCCACAAGAGGUUGGACAGCACAAACGCCACCGAACACGGAGGUGAACUGUUUUGCAAACAAUGUUACGGAAGGAAAUUCGGUCCCAAAGGUUACGGUUUCGGCGGUGGAGCAGGUUGUCUCAGUAUGGACAAGGGCGAACAUUUGGGCAACACCGAUUGCGUCAGCAACAAGCCACUCGACCCCAAUUAUAACUAGAUUUUUUGCUUAUCUGUUCUCUGCAUCACCGUUUAGAAUCGUCAUCAACUAAAAAAAGAAGAAAAGAAAAUGGAAAAAACAGGAAAAAUGAUCAUCAUUGUCAAAUUGAUUUUGCUCCUAUCCAACAAUUAUUGUUGGAUAGGGAUGUGUUACAUUGCCUGACGAUGUACAUGUAAUAAAAAUCAACAAAACGAUAUAUUGUUAUUUAUUCAUUCCACGCUGCUUAUUAUAUAAAUUGUAAUUAAUAUCUCCCCUUUAAUUAAGGAUAAUUUUAAUUGCUUACGUCGAAAAAAUAAAUAAUAAAAAACACAUAACGAAGCACGCUGAAAAUUGCUGAAGAAAUGUAAUUUAAUUUUAAUUUUUUUCUGGUUUUUUUUUAAUUAUAAUUUACAGGGGAAGAAUAGAACUUAGUGAUGAAACGAUGUGUAUAUAGAUUUAGUUCUUAGCAGGUUUUUUUUUGCUUGGUUGUUGAGUUGUGAUAAAGAGAAAAUAAAA